UCAUCGACCCUCAUACCCACACUUAUUGCCUUGACUUUUUAGGGAGGCAUAGUGUAGAUGGAGUACUACUCAAUGAAGCAGCUAGCGGUAGUGAUGCUCUUAGCUCUCGCGUCUGCCAUGAUCGUCACCGCCCAGAACAUGGAACAAGACAUGGUGGAUGCCCACAACGCGGUACGCACUAACGUCAGUGUGCCGCCAGUGUCAUGGGACCCCACGGUGGCUGCGUACGCAGAGGCGUGGGCGGAGAAGCGCCGUGCCGACUGUUUGGUGGAAUUCUCUCCACAGGGCCGUCCAUACGGAGAGAACAUCGUCGGGGCCAACGGGACCGAAUGGAAGGGGGUCGACGCCGUGGACUUUUGGGUGUUGGAAAAGCAGUACUACGACCAUGCCACCAACACCUGCUCAGCGCCUCCCGGCGAGUCGUGUGAUGCGUACACUCAACUGGUGUGGAGGGAUACGAAGUUCAUUGGUUGCGCCGGUGUCAUUUGCGAUGGCGACGUUGGCGUCUUUCUCAUCUGCAGCUACGACCCACCGGGCAACGUGGUGGGACAGAGUCCAUACUAGGCUACCUACGUAAUAAGCAUGUGGCUACACAUGCAUGUAUGCUAGUAGCGUGUUGCAUAAAUAAAUAAUGGACACUUCAAGGGUUCUCGGACUGAUGACACCCACGUUUGUGUUUGUGUGGGUGGAUUCCCUCUUCCCAUCCUCCAUUUCACUCUUGUAUUGUUCCGGGUUUUGAUUGUUUUCUUUUCUAUUACUUGUGACUGAAUUUUUAUUUUGUUUGUGUUUGAGCUUGUUAUUAUGACUAUGUCUGAGGUUUGA